AUGGGGCCCCCGGGCAAUAGGGGAUCAUGGGGCCCUGUGUCCUUGCCCAAACUCAAAAAAGCCUAUGAAAAAGGUGCCAGAGGCAUCUCAUGGGGUCCCCUACUGACCCCGAGCCCUCGGGCAGUGCCCGAGUUUCCAAAUGGUCAGUCCGCCCCUGGGCUGUACUUUACAAUUUACACUUUUAUUCAUAGCUUUUGUAAUGUUUCCAGUGCUCCAAAAUAGGUUUUUUUUGUAAAUUCUGGCAUGUAAAAGUAUGCUACACCAAUAUUGCUGCCCUGUAUAUUAGAGUUUACAGGUUUUUUCAUGCAAGAU